UCAAGUAAGUGACGUGGCCGACGUCCCCAGAGAAAGAAAUUUAAUUUGGGUUGGUUGGUGCAUAUUUUUACCUCGUAAUAUCGUCUGGAUAAAAAUUAUAAUUGAGAAAGCAAUUACUCAAUCUCUUCGAGAUGACAACUUACGAGGAGUUCAUUCAGCAAAAUGAGGAUCGUGACGGUGUUAGAUUGACGUGGAACGUCUGGCCAUCAAGCCGUAUUGACGCUAGUCGCUUGGUGGUGCCUCUGGCGUGUCUAUAUCAGCCCCUUAAAGAACGCCCAGAUCUACCACCAAUUCAGUAUGAGCCAGUACUGUGCACUAGAGCGAAUUGUAGGGCGAUUUUGAAUCCUUUGUGUCAGGUGGAUUACAGAGCCAAAUUAUGGGUUUGCAAUUUUUGCUUUCAAAGGAACCCUUUCCCCCCUCAGUACGCCGCAAUUUCAGAACAACAUCAACCAGCUGAAUUAAUUCCUGGAUUUAGUACCAUUGAGUAUACAAUUACAAGGGCUCCGUGUAUGCCACCAGUAUUCUUAUUUUUGGUCGACACAUGCAUGGACGAAGAAGAAUUAGAUGCUUUGAAAGACUCAUUACAAAUGUCGCUGAGUCUUUUGCCACCAAAUGCUCUGGUUGGGCUUAUCACUUUCGGCAAAAUGAUCCAAGUACACGAAUUGGGGGCAGAAGGUUGCUCGAAGAGUUAUGUGUUUCGUGGAACUAAGGAUUUGACUGCGAAACAGGUACAAGAAAUGUUGGGCAUAGGUCGCUCCAGCGCUGGAGGUGCUCCUGGCGCUCCAGUUGGUCCCGGAGGUCAACCGAUGCCUGGACAGCAACAACGCAUGCCUGGUGCUCCAGGGCAACAUGCUGCUGUUCCGCCAGCCAAUCGUUUCUUGCAACCUAUUUCGAAGUGUGACAUUGCACUUGGCGAUUUGUUGAGUGAACUUCAGCGCGAUCCUUGGCCUGUGCCUCAGGGCAAGCGCUAUCUCCGUUCAACCGGAGCUGCCUUGGCCAUUGCUGUGGGAUUACUAGAAUGUACUUAUCCCAAUACUGGUGCCCGCAUCAUGGCCUUUGUUGGUGGACCUUGCUCUCAGGGCCCUGGUCAAGUGGUCGAUGAUGAACUAAAACACCCAAUCCGUUCACAUCAUGACAUUCACAAGGACAAUGUUAAAUUCAUGAAAAAGGCCAUUAAACACUACGACGUGCUGGCUCUUCGUGCAGCCACUAACGGUCAUUGUAUUGAUAUUUAUUCAUGUGCUUUGGAUCAAACUGGUCUAAUGGAAAUGAAGCAGUGCUGUAAUUCCACCGGGGGUCAUAUGGUCAUGGGAGAUUCAUUUAAUUCAUCGCUUUUCAAACAAACCUUCCAACGUGUAUUUGCUCGAGAUGCCCGUACCGAUUUAAAAAUGGCUUUCAAUAGCACCCUAGAAGUAAAAUGCUCUCGAGAGCUUAAAAUAUCUGGUGGCAUUGGUUCAUGUGUGUCAUUGAAUGUGAAGAGCCCAUCGGUGUCGGAUGUUGAAAUCGGCAUGGGUCAGACAGUCCAAUGGAAGUUGUGCACGCUUACUCCAAGCACAACAAUGGCAUUCUUCUUCGAAGUUGUCAAUCAGCAUGCUGCACCAAUUCCACAAGGCGGUAGGGGUUGUAUUCAAUUUAUAACGCAAUAUCAGCAUCCAAGUGGUCAGAGGCGAAUACGAGUAACCACAUUGGCAAGAAAUUGGGCGGAUGCCACUUCUAAUAUCCAUCAUAUAAGUGCCGGGUUUGAUCAAGAGGCGGCUGCAGUUAUAAUGGCGCGAAUGGUGGUUUAUCGUGCGGAAACCGAUGAAGGUCCUGACAUUUUAAGAUGGGUUGACCGACAACUAAUUCGUUUGUGCCAAAAGUUUGGAGAAUAUAGCAAAGAUGAUCCCAAUAGUUUCCGCUUGGCUCAAAAUUUCUCAUUGUUUCCCCAAUUCAUGUACCACUUGCGUCGAUCACAAUUUCUGCAGGUUUUCAAUAAUUCACCCGAUGAGACCACAUUCUAUAGACACAUGUUGAUGCGCGAAGAUUUAACUCAAUCGCUUAUUAUGAUACAGCCCAUCCUGUACUCGUACUCAUUUAAUGGACCACCGGAGCCAGUUUUGUUGGAUACGUCAUCGAUACAACCUGACCGUAUACUCCUUAUGGAUACAUUCUUCCAGAUUUUGAUAUAUCAUGGUGAAACUAUUGCACAAUGGCGCGCUCUGAAAUAUCAGGAUAUGCCCGAAUAUGAAAAUUUCAAGCAAUUGUUACAAGCGCCGAUAGAUGACGCGCAAGAAAUCUUACAAACUCGUUUUCCAAUGCCGCGCUACAUUGACACCGAGCACGGCGGCUCUCAGGCACGUUUCUUGCUGUCCAAAGUGAAUCCCUCGCAGACACACAAUAACAUGUACGCGUAUGGUCAGCCUCCUAUUGGCCAAUCAAUGGAUGGUGGUGCUCCUGUGCUAACAGACGAUGUUUCAUUGCAACUUUUCAUGGAGCAUCUAAAGAAAUUAGCAGUCUCCUCCACCACGUGAAUUUUUUGUGUAAAAUUUUGGCAUUAUCGUUUCGUGUCAAGUCUAUGCAAUGUAUUAGCAUUUGCAGCCAUUAAAUGUAGGCGAUUUUUAUCAUUGCUAUACACAUAAUCUAAACUGGCUUCUGCGAUUAUAUUGAUUUUUUUGCCUCCAAUUUGUAUUUCCCAUAAACUAAAUUUAUAUAGAAAUAGGUUAAGGCUGGCGUUCAGAGAUUCAGAUCAAUAUUUGUAAUGCAUAUUAUAUUGACUGUAGUUAUUUUAAAUAUUCCAAUUUAAUAUAUACAAAAUCAGUAGAAGAAGAAAUUUAAUAGACUCUAUAAGAACACAAGUUGUACUUGAAAACACAUACACAUACACUAAUUAAAGAAGGAAACCUUGUUAAACACGAAAGGUACGAUUAAAAGUUAAA